GGAACAAAGGCACAGUCCCAUUGGGAAUAUUCACCGACAAAAAAAGUUCAUAUGUAUUGAAGAUUAACAGAGAACAAAGGCUGUCUUUGAAACAAAGGGUUGUGCGCCACUUUAAAAGCAGAAAACGGAUGGUGCACUGCCACCACAUUUUUGAAGGAAGAGCAUCAGUGUCUUAUGUCUUCUGACCCACCAAAAAUGUAUCGAGUUUCCAUCAAAACCGAAUGUGUCCGCAAGCACGGCACUGGACGCCCUUUCUUCAGCUUGAAGGUGGUGGCUAGUGACGGGGUGCGGGCUAUGAUGGAGUCGGCCCUGACAGCCAGAGACCGUGUGGGUGUCCAGGACUUUGUCCUGCUGGAGAACUACACCAGUGAGGCUGCCUUCAUAGAGAACCUGCGCAAACGCUUCAAGGAGAACCUAAUCUAUACUUAUAUUGGCUCAGUGCUGGUUUCAGUUAACCCAUACAAAGACCUAGAGAUCUACACCAAGAACCACAUGGAGCGCUACCGCGGGGUCAACUUCUAUGAAGUUUCGCCUCAUAUCUAUGCAGUGGCAGACAACUCAUACCGCUCCAUGAGGACGGAGAGGAAAGACCAGUGCAUCCUGAUUUCUGGUGAGAGUGGAGCUGGAAAAACCGAGGCUUCCAAAAAGAUCCUGCAGUACUACGCCGUCACCUGUCCUGCCAGUGAGCAGGUGCAGACCGUCAAAGACCGCCUGCUGCAGUCCAACCCUGUGCUUGAGGCCUUUGGUAAUGCAAAAACGCUACGUAAUGACAACUCCAGCCGCUUCGGCAAGUACAUGGACAUUCAGUUUGACUUCAAGGGUGCCCCGGUGGGAGGACACAUUAUUAAUUACCUGCUGGAAAAGUCACGGGUGGUCCACCAGAACCACGGAGAGAGGAACUUCCACAUUUUCUAUCAGCUGAUUGAGGGAGGAGAAGAAGACCUGCUGAGACGACUGGGUCUGGAGCGGAACACCCAGCAGUACCAGUAUCUUGUGAAAGGAAACUGUCCCAAAGUGAGCUCCAUUAAUGACCGCAGCGACUGGAAGGUAGUGAGGAAAGCCUUGACUGUGAUCGGCUUCAAUGAGGACGAGGUCGAGGAGCUGUUGAACAUCAUCGCCAGCGUGCUCCACCUGGGGAACGUGCAGUAUGGUGGGGAGGACGGUGUAGCCUGCAUCACUUCUGACACACAGAUCAAGUAUCUGGCCAGGUUGUUAGGAGUGAAUGGAUCCGUGCUGACGGAGGCGCUCACGCACAAGAAGAUCAUCGCCAAGGGAGAGGAGUUGAUGAGCCCUUUGAACCUGGAACAGGCGUCUUCGGCGCGGGACGCUCUGUCCAAGGCUGUGUACGGACGGACUUUCACCUGGCUGGUGAACAAGAUCAACGCUUCCCUGGCUUACACGGAUGACGCGUAUAAGACCUACUCCGUCAUUGGCCUGCUGGACAUCUAUGGCUUCGAGGUCUUCCAGAACAACAGCUUCGAGCAAUUCUGCAUCAACUACUGCAACGAGAAGCUGCAGCAGCUUUUCAUCGAGCUCACGCUGAAGUCUGAGCAGGAGGAGUACGAGGCCGAGGGCAUCACGUGGGAGCCUGUGCAGUACUUCAACAACAAAAUCAUCUGCGACCUGGUGGAGGAGAAGUUCAAAGGCAUCAUCUCCAUUCUGGAUGAAGAGUGUCUUCGACCUGGGGACGCCAGUGACUUCACAUUCUUGGAGAAGCUGGAGGACACUGUAGGAGGACACGCUCAUUUUAUCACUCACAAAUUAGCUGAUGGAAAAACACGGAAGGUAAUGGGCCGCGAAGAAUUCCGACUGCUGCAUUAUGCUGGUGAAGUCAACUAUAAUGUCAAUGGAUUUUUGGACAAGAACAACGACCUGCUUUUUAGGAACUUGAAAGAGGUCAUGUGCAUGUCUGAGAACAAGAUCCUGACUCAGUGUUUUGAGCGGGAAGAGCUGAGCGACAAGAAGCGACCAGACACGGCAGCCACUCAGUUCAAAUCCAGUCUGGCCAAACUCAUGGAGAUCCUCAUGUCGAAGGAGCCGUCAUACGUUCGCUGUAUCAAGCCCAAUGACUCCAAGCAAGCUGCUCGCUUUGACGACGUGCUGAUUCGUCACCAGGUCAAGUACCUGGGUCUGAUGGAGAAUCUGAGAGUGAGGAGAGCUGGCUUCGCUUACAGGCGACGCUAUGAGGUUUUCCUUCAGAGGUACAAGUCACUUUGUCCUGACACAUGGCCCAACUGGCAGGGCAAACUGGCCGAUGGAGUGGCGACACUGGUCAAACAUCUGGGAUACAAACCUGAGGAGUUCAAACUGGGCAGAUCCAAAAUCUUUAUUCGCUUCCCAAAGACCUUGUUUGCCACUGAAGAUGCUCUGGAAACCAGGAAGCACAGCAUUGCCACCAAGCUGCAGGCGGGGUGGAGAGGCUACAGCCAGAGAUCCAAGUACCAAAAACUCAGGAGCUCAGCCAUCGCUAUCCAGGCCUGGUGGAGAGGCAUUCUGGCCCGGAGACGAGCCCAGCGCAGGCGCCAGGCGGCUGACACCAUCCGCAGAUUCAUCAAAGGCUUCAUCUAUCGCCACAAGGAGCGCUGUCCAGAGAACGAGUACUUCCUGGAUUACGUUCGCUACUCUUUCCUCAUGACGCUGCGCAGGAACCUGCCAAAGACUGUCUUAGACAAGAGCUGGCCCACACCUCCGGCGGCGCUGGCGGAGGCUUCGGAGCAUUUGCGUAAGCUGUGCAUGCAGAACAUGGUGUGGAGCUACUGCAAGAAGAUCAGUCCGGAGUGGAAGCACCAGUUGAAGCAGAAGGAGGUGGCCAGUGACAUCUUUAAGGACAAAAAGGACAACUAUCCACAGAGCGUUCCCAAACUCUUUGUCAACACCAGAUUGGAGGGAGAGAACUUCAACCCCAAAUUGCUGCAAGCUCUGGGCAGUGAGAAGAUGAAGUACGCCGUGCAGGUCACCAAGUACGACAGGAAAGGCUACAAGGCGCGGCCUCGUCAGCUGAUUCUGACCGCCAACACUGCCAUCAUCGGAGAGGAAGCCAAAAUCAAGCAGCGCAUCGACUACAGCGCCCUGAAAGGGAUCUCCGUCAGCUCCCUCAGCGACGGCCUGUUUGUUCUGCACGUGCCCAGCGACGACAACAAACAGAAGGGAGACGUGGUUCUGCAGAGCGAGCAUGUGAUCGAGACAGUGACCAAACUGGCCAUCUGUGCCGAGAAGAUCAACAGCAUCAACAUCCACCAGGGCAGUAUAAAGUUUACUGUGGGGCAAGGCAAAGAGGGGAUCAUAGACUUCACCCCAGGAUCUGAACUGCUGGUAGCCAAAUCAAAGAAUGGACAUUUGUCUGUGACGGCUCCGAGGCUCAACUCCAGAUGAUGACCGCUGCAAACGUCUUCCAUCCUCCAAUCACACAGGAGCAGCCCCGCCCUGCUUUAAUCGAGACGCUCAGAAAUGAUUUUUAAAGUCCCACCUAAAUAAUAUAAAUAUUUAUGUUUGUAGGCCAUAUUUUGAGGGGUUAAUGUGUUUUGAAUAUUGUGAUUUUUAAGUCAAAGGAGUAACCGAUAAUUUGGUGCAUUUUUCUUACUGUUUUGUGCUGAAUUUGGGAACAAGCUAAUCGUAAGGGAAUGUGUGGACAGCAGGUGAAGAGACGUAUGUAGUUCUGAUGAGAUGGGAUGAGGAUGAGUUGGAGAGCAACAGAAAGAUGAAAGCGGUGACAGCGAUGUGCUUCCUGUGGACUAUUAGUUUGUGCUUUAUUUGGGUUAUGGUUUCCUGCUGCCUUAACCGAGUCAAAGCCUUUUUAUAAACGAAGUGAUGCCUCGAUGCGUCUUCAUCUAUGUUCUAACUCUGUUAUUGUGAAUGAAAAAGCCAUUUGUGUUUCAAAAAGGCCAAAGAUUUUUGUUUUUUAAGAUUCUUAUUUGGGAUGCGUUUUUGGUCAAGUUGGACCGAGUGCGUCCACAUUGUCAGCCGUCUGUUGAGGUGAAGGCAACACUAACGCUAAGGCAGCUAACGUCGCCGUUUGUCUAGCCCCACCAGCUGAGUUUGACGUUUGGAAUUGGGAUUUUUUUUUUUUUUCUAAAACUCGCGUCCGGCUCAUAGUGUGCUGGUCUACUGCGUCCUGAUUACUUGUUCCCUCCAGUUUGCUUACAAGAGUAUAUUUCUAAUCCGCUGAAGCCCCCGGUGUUGGCUCAGGCGACCGGUGAGGUAUGGAAAGAGUGUGUCUGAUUUACCAGGGCACAAAGGCCCUAAACGCUAAAAAAGAUCAUCAAAUUUAAGAAGCAUUUCAUAGCUCCUGGUGAGACCAAAGAUUGGUGGAGAGAUGUGUCAAUGAAGUGCUUCCAUUUUGAGAGAAGCUCCAAGGUGGUGUCCCUCCAGACCUCAGAGAUGGACUGUGUCUGCGUGGCUCUCAGGUGAGGCGGUGCAAUACAUCCAACUUACCAGCCAAAGAUCCUGUUGAUUUAUACUGAUAAAUCUGUGUUGUAUAAUUUCAUUUAUAAUUCAUGUUCUGUGUAUUAUUUUUGGGGGGUUUUCUGGAUGGAACCGUGUACAGCGUGUGUUGUGAAUGAGACAACCAAACCAAGUUGGGUUUGUUCAUGUGAACCUUAAAGGGAGGGAAAAACAAAUCUUACUGUAAUUGUGUUAAUGUGCCUUGCUGAAUAGCAAUACGUCAGGUGGUUUCGACUGCUGUCAGAGUCCUGCGGUGAUCCACCAACCCUCCUGGCAUACUUCACUGUAUGCGCCAUUGUAUAUCAUUACACUAAAAAUACUAAGAAUUUGCUAAAUAAAUGUAAA